GUUGUUGCAGACACAUUGUUACAAAACAGAGGACAAAACCACCAUGCACUUAAGGUCACUCCUGGAUUACGCCUUCAAGACUACAGCAUCCAGGCAGCUGUGACCCAUCUUCAGAUUGUUCUUAAUGUAGUUGAACGGGAGUCGUUGACCCAGUGUCUGGCAAUGUUGAUGAGAUCCCCAACUCAAAUGCAGCAAGCUUAUUUACCAGCAAUGCCACAAGAUGAUCGUAUGGAAGCAAGAGCAGCUCUUCAUCAAGCGUCAACAGAUCAGAACUUAACUUGGUACCAAUGUCCAAGUGGUCAUCUAUACACCAUAGGAGAUUGCGGCAGACCGUAUGCAACAGGACGAUGUCCGGAGUGCAAUGCGCAGAUUGGAGGAGAACAACAUCGAGCUCAUUCUGGGAACACGCCAGCAAACAUGAUUGAUACAACGUCCACUGGUCAUGUACUUGGAAACCCACAGAUUCAACAGGGCAACCAGAUUGUGUGUGAACGAACAAUGAACUGCAUGGCAACUGCUGUUGUCCGGUUCUUGUUGCAUGCUAGCAUGCUGCUAGGAACAGAAUGCCAACAGGGACCACAGCCAAUCAUCAAUAUAAUCAAACCAGCUCCACUUAAUGUGCUUGAGUUUCUAUGGCAACAUUUGCAUAAUGAUGUAAGGUUGUUGUCGAUAGCAACAGGCAAGAACAGGGAUGAUUGCAUCUUCAUCCUUCACAAAGUUAUUGACAACAUUUUGCACAAAAGAGUCCCAGCACACUUUCAAUCUGGCUUUCAACAACUGUUGUCAUCGAAGCAAUGUCGAAAAAAAUGGGAGGAAAAUUUUACAGCUGCGUACAUCACACCUCUGCUCCAGGGACUUAAUGAAAUGAUCGACCAAUCAAACCAGACUCUGGUCUCUGACAAACGUCUCAGCGAUGAUCCUCUGAUGCGACUGCUGCACACGUCGAAUGUUGUGAAGCCUGAGGACCUUGGUCAGCUGGUGGAGACAUCACACGUAUGGCAGUACCGUAGUCGUAUCACCAUUCAGUGCAUCCAUCAAGCUUUGGCAAAUGAAGAAGAUGGCGCUUCACUGCAAGUCCUCAGACUGUUUAUGGAAAAG